AUUUUCAAUCAAUUUCUUCUUUCAGCUGUUGACUCCGCCACUCUCGUAGAUUUAUUGCCGGACCCCACACGGAACAUCCACGAACAAUAUCUGGCUCCUGCUGUUGGUGAUCUUCCAGAAGCCGUUCCUCUCUCAAUGGGACUCCGUUUUUCGGCUGAGCGACACACUGGCUGGCGUCUGGACACUGAGAAACUCUUAAAAGCAGCAAUUGCUAAUAACCUUGGCAGUGAGAAAGUACUCCCUAGAAACAUCUUUGAGCGUGACUUUACUCUUUCCUUCUGGCUUCAAAGAGAACCUAAAGAAAAUGAUGAACACGAGACCAUCCUUUGCAGUCAAGAAGAUACUGGAACCGUAAGCCGAGCUAUGUGGAUUAGCUUAAAGAGCUGCCGUGUGAUGGUGCAGAUGACCACUCGUAAUCCCGAUGCCAAGAAUCCUUUAAUGGAGAGGGCUUUCAGCACCUACUUCUUCCCUGUACUUCCUGCCUCUGUGUGCCAGAAUGGAACUCAAUAUGGUGCUUCUGUGGAUAAAGGUGAUCCCUUGGCCUGGCAUCACUACUCCAUCAGUAUUACCUUUGAAGCUGAUUCCAUGGAUAUCAGCUCUAGCAGCCUGUUGGUGGACGGCGAGUUGGUUGGAACAUUAGAAUCCUUCUCAAAACCAAUCUACUUUGAAAGACUCUCAAAGGAUUCCUUUCCACAGUUUAUUACUGUCGGUACCUGCUAUGACCCAAACAUUCCCUCCGCGCAGCAAUCCCUCAACGGUGCUCUUGCUGGAAUGACCCUACUUUUGGGCAGAAAUGAAGAUCAGAGCGUCUCUAGAUGUCUUGCCGAAUGUGGGGAAACUCUUCUUAUUCCAAGAGCUAACAGACUUAUUACAGAUGACGUGACUGUGCUCCUCAAUAAUGAUAAAAUCGAAAUUGAAACAGUGACCGCUGAAGAAGCUGCAGAAAUGGUUGGCAACAUUGCCUACAUGAAACCAGUUUCGACAAGCACCCAACUCACCUACGAACCUGCCGGAUCUAAGGAUCGGGUUAUUGAAAUCGUAACUGUUGUUAGAUGCGGUGAACAGGAUCUGGUUAAUAUCAGCGCCCCUCCUAUUCGCCUCAUCAUGGAUGAAUCAAUAUCAGAACCCUCAGUCGAUUCUGCUGAUCCCUUCUACUCUGGUUGGAUGCCGCAGAAUGAUGUGGUCGUUCAGCAAUCACUUCCAGCAAAGCAAUCGAAAGCGCAACCCAAGUCAACCCUUAUUCUGGCUGUCACUGGUGAGGAGGCUAUUCGUGCAGAGAUUCCUGUUAUGGAACCUGGAAUCAUCAUCUUUCCUGGACUCGAAUUCACCUUCACAAAUGUUCCUUUUGGAGGCAAAUUCAAACCAAUGAGUGACACGGUUAACUGCACCAGCUGA